AUAAAUGCAGUUGAAAUGUUGAUUUCAGGUGUGCUCAGUUGAUGUAAAUUGCAUCAAAUAUCAGCAGUGAUGUGAAUGACGAUGCCGAGUGGUCCGGCAGACACCCUCAACAAAUAGACUCCGUUGCCGCCUCCGCCGCCGCCGCCGCCGCAGUUGUUUUGAACAUGUCCAGCAACAUCAAGAAACAAUCAUCGUCAGUAGUAGUUGCUCCUGCCGCCGCCCCCGUCCAAGGUCACAAGAAGCUGCCCGUGCCGCGCUACCAGGCGCCGCCUCCACCACACCCCGCCUCCCUCUCUCGUCUGCAGCCGCCUCCAGGACCCCAGGAUGCCCGGCACCACCUGACUGACACCGGUGGUCAUCGUUUCACCGCCACCGCCGACAUCCAACGGCACCAGCAACCAAUCGACAAACAACAGCUGCAACUGUCGGCGCCAAUAGCUGACUUGAAGCAGCAGCAGCCCCCUCCCCCACCCCAGUACCACGCGCCACCAGCUGUCACCCAAGGGGGGCCACCACCCCCCGCCACCGAUAUGCUCAAGUUUGUGCGAAAGCCCCCCGACGGCCCUCCUCACACUGACGCACAACGGCUAGCCGAACAGGGUCGUCGCCUAGCGGCAGAACUGCGCACUGUGAAGGAGACGGCCGAGCGACUGAGUGACGACAACCAGGAGCUGCGCGACUUGUGCUGCUUCCUGGACGAUGACCGGCAGAAAGGCCGCAAGCUGGCCAGGGAGUGGCAGCGCUUCGGGCGCUACACGGCCAGCGUCAUGCGUCAGGAAGUCUCCGCCUACCAGGCCAAGCUCAGGGAGCUCGACGUCAAGCAGCAGGAGCUCAUCAAGGACAAUCUCGAAUUGAAGGAAUUGUGCCUUUACUUGGAUGAGGAGCGUAGUGGUGUGUGCCGAGCGUGCGGAGCGGGGCUGCGUCGGGACGACGGCGAUGGAAGCAGUUCGAGCACCAAUGCUGAUGAGCCACCGCCCCCACCCCUGCCGCCCACCGCCUCCACCACCGCCCCUCUGCCACCCCAACUCUACCCACGGCCGCCGCCUCUCAUAUCGCCUACUGCUACUACAGCUGACCAGAGCCUUCUGGAUUACGUUCAAAGGCUUGAAUCAAAGGUGAAGCAACUGGAGGAGGAGAAGAGGGCUCUCCAACAGAAAUUGGGUCAAAUCCAGGCUCCCUGGCCAGAGCGAACGCCCACUGCUGUCAUCUCGGCCAAUGAUUCACGGGAAAUGGGCCCGGAGACAGUAGUUCAAGCGUUGCAGGUGCUCGAAGUGCGAGAGCAGCUGGAGAGGAGUAUUCCCGGCUCAGAGAACGACCUCACCGCCCCUGAUAUGGCCGACGGUGAGAAAGCCCUUCUAAGAGAGAUGUGCAAUGUAGUUUGGCGAAAGUUAGAAGAGGGUCCAGCUGCAAGAAGAUGAGAGUGGAAACCAUUGAAUCCUCAUUUCUGCAUCAAUAGUUAUUUCAGUCGCCAAAGAUCGUCCAAUUAUACCAGGGUUUACUUCAUCAACAAUAUUACAGUCGAGGCCUGACUACACGGACUAUCUGUUUAUCAAUGCAAGUAGAGUGAAAAAGUUAUACAUUUUUUUAAAUCCAUCUAUGGAGCUGUUUGUUUAGAUCAAAUAAUUAAAGUACCAAGUGCUGUUACAAUUCCUUGAAAUUGCUUCUAAUCUUAAUGAAUUUUUUAAAGAUGACAUUUGAAGCAAUAUGAUGCACUUUUAAGCGAUUUAAACGUGAUUUGAUCCUAUCAGAAUCUAUUUCCCAAAUCUAAUCAACAUACAUUUCUAACAUCUAUUUCAAAAUAGAAUUUUGACAACGGAUUAAGCUAGCAAAGUAACAAAGUUACUUAUCAAUGACAGCUAACCGUCAUUACAGUUAGUAUAGUCUAAACUUUCACGUGAUAGUUGUUGAGUGUUUAAGUAGCCUAAUAAUGAAAAGUGAACAUUCUAACCAAUUUGCUCAUGUUGCCAAAACAUUCGACAAAUCCCAUCCUAGUUCCUCGAUUCAACAAACGGCUGAAAGUAUUCAUAGUAAUUUACAGAUAGAUUUUAGAAUAUAUUUGAUAUAAGUUGAAGUUGAAAUAGGCAAAAAACAACGUUUUUGUACAAACAGAAUGUCUGAAAGAUAUGUUAUCAAUAACAAAAGUUGUCAGGUCUUAUUCUAUCUAAGCUGGAAGAUUAAAUCUUGUUGAGUUCACCCUAUUAUAAUAAAACUUCUGUUUAUUCUACUCUUCUUCAUUUUUGUAAUUUUGCAUAUACUUUUUGCUCUUAUACAAGAAAAUUAUGCUUAUAUUAUAUCUGUUACUACUUAAAUAUUAUAUAUGUUACUGUUUGUGUAAAAUUCAUAUCUGUCAUAAAGUCUGUACUCACCUUACGAUUUCCAAAAUACUCAUGCUAUUACAAGUACUUUCGAAUUCCUAUUUUAAACAAAUAAUUCUUGUUUUUCCUUCUUGCUUAAAUCGUAUAAAUCAGUGUUAGUUUCAUGUGGAAUUCGAAUCACUGGGUCAAGUGUAGUGUGAGCUGUUGAGAAGUAAAAUUAUUGUAGUUGAUUGUACCUCGCCCCUUCCCCUUCCGUUAUUUUAUGUGAUUUUCAAACUUGCCAUGCCUGAAAUGUUUGUAUUGUUCUUAGUGAUAUAGGAGCCACCUCGAUAGAUAAUUCACUCGUUAUUAAUGCAAAGAAACAUAUGUUUUUUAUUUGUUAGAUAUUCUAAAAAGAAGUUUAUUAUAAAUUAUUUUAUGUCUUCCACAUUCCACUUCACCUAUGAAUCAUUUCUCUUAGUUUUUAAAUUGUAGGUUACCGGACAAGAAUUCAAUACGAAAUGUUUACAACUAUAAGCGUUAAUCAUAGUUCUAGUUUCCCAAUUAUCAAUUGGCAAGAAGGAAAAUAUUUUUAUGACAAUAAUUAUUAUAACUUAGAGAUUUUAUUUACGGUAAUGUAAUGUAUACAGAAGAUAUUUACAAAUAAUGAUUUUUACAGAUAGAAUAGAAUAGAAUAGAAAAGAAUUUCAUUGUUCUCAAUACACAAUUACAUCGAAUAAUAAACACUUUACAUUUUAUCCAAUGAAGUAACAUGCAGUAUUAUUCAUU